UCUCUGCUUUAUUAUUUUGUACAUUAUUGCACAUUAGUAAAUUAUUGUGUAUAUUAUUAUUAUGUAUUUUAUUGUUAGUUAAGUCUGCACACUGCUAAGUGUGUUUUUAAAUGUUGCUGCUGUAAUGAAAGAAUUUCCCACUCGGGAUCAAUAGAGUACUUAUUAUUAUUAAGUACAUCACCAAGGCAUAGAAGGCUGCAGGCCAAGUGCUGUAAAAUAGAAUUAGUAAAGAUAAGCAAGUUGUGGUUGAAAUGAACAUGCUGGGCUGAAGGGCGUGGAAGGGCUUGCUUCUGUGCUCUGUGGCUGUGGCAAAAAAAGACCUUAAAGUACAUUCGGACAGGAGCACAGAUGGGAAAGGUUUCAAGGGAGACUGCAAGUGCUGGAACCUGGAGCAACGAACAAUAUGCCGGAGAAACUAUGCAGGUCGAGCAGCAUCCAUAGAGGGAAAGGAAUUGUCAAAGUAGAGGGAUGUGGGUCUGUCAUAACAUGGGGUUCUGGGAGCGGACCCCAAUGCAAGACACAGACACUGAAGUACUAGGAACAGGACUUGACUAGAGAGCUGGGACAAGAACACAGACUUGGGCUAGGACAUUGGCUAGGCAAGCAGGACCAGGACAAGGAACUGGGAACUAGGAGCCUGGGCUUGGACUCCGAGCCGGAGACUGGACGAGGACCCAAAACCUGGGUCUUGACUCGGGCUCGGACCCCAGAACUAGGCGAGGACAUGACGUGGCUACAGAACUGGACAUGGCUUGGGUUCUUCGAGGCGAGGACAUGAUGAGGCUUGGGUUCUUUGAGGCGAGGACAUGACGAGGUUUGGGUUUGGACCCCGAGCCAGAGACUGGACAAGGACCAAGAACCUGGGUCUUGACUCGGGCUUGGACUCCGGAACUAGACGAAGACAUGACGUGGUCUUGGGAGACAGGACUAGGCGAGGCUACAGGACAGAAUGAGAGACUCCUGGGCAGGACGAGGGAACUCCAGUACAGGACGAAAGAACUCCAGCACAGGACGAAGCACAUGGACAGGACGAGAACACAAAGCCUUGACUUGGUACUCAGGAACAGCUGAGCCUUGGACUCGGGAUGACAGGAACGCAGAACACAGAACACAGAGCCUUGGUCUAGAGCACGGGAACACAGAACCUUGGACUUGAGAGACAGGAACACAUGGACAUGGAAUACAGAGCCGGGACCCCUCCUUGGGAACAGGACUUAGGGCUGGGACUUGCACCCGGAACACAGAGACAGGACCCCUCCUUGGGAACAGGACUUGGGGCUGGGGCUCUACACAGAAUGCUGAACAGAACGAGACAGUUUCCAACACUAGGUAUCGGCAAACGGCCGGACCUACCUAGCAAAGGCCUGGACACAAAGACGGUUUCCAACACUAGGUAGCGGCAAAUGGCCGGACCUACCUAGCGCAGGCGUGGACAGAGACGGUUCCAACUCAACGAUAGACAGUUCCUUGAUACAGAAAGGCUCCGGUCUCGCUCCGGUGGUAGAACUUGUUAAGGUUGCAGGCAAGGCUCCAGACAUAGGUUAAAGGCAAGGCUCCAGACACAGGUUACAGGCAAGGCUCCAGACACAGGUUACAGGUAAAGGCUUCAGAAGGAAGGGGAAGGGAAGGGAAAAGUCCAGCCUCAGAGUAAUGGCAAAGAUGGCCUGGCUUACCCAACGGAGGCAAGGACAGGAAGGGACGGAUCCACCCGCAGGGUAACGGCAAAGACAGCCUGACUUACCCCACGGAGGCGAGGACAGGAUACUGACCAGAGGAACCAGCAACCACACUCAAACCCAGGGCCACCUAUAUUCCCAGCCCCAAGACGAGCAUCAGGUGCCUAUGAUUAAGCCCAACUGAAACAAGGGACAGCCAGAACACCCGGAGUCCGCAGUCCACGGACUGGACCGUGAACUGGAAUGCGGAGUUCACAGACCAGACCAUGACAGGACCAAAAGUGGUCAAGUGGGAUCACUGUAGAUAGGCAUCUGGAGUUAAAGUAAAACAAGUCGCAUCUAAGUUUUGGCUGUAGACCCUUCAUCUGGAAGUCCAAAUGCAGUAUGUAGACCUGAAACGAUGACUGUCCAUUUCCUUCCAUUGAUGCUAUCUGACCUGCUGAGUUCCUCCAGCAUCUCGUCUUUUGUUUUGCUCCAGAUUCCAAUAUUUGCAGUCUCAUGCGUCUCCAGAUGGUCAGCAUGGAGGAGGGGGCCAGAGGAGCUUGUUUCUGCGCUGUACAACUCCAUGAGCUUAAAAGCUGCCUGUGCUACGGGUCAGUGUCUUCUGUUUCCUCCCACAAUCCAAAGACGCAAUUGGCCAUUGUAAACUGUUCCGUGAUUAGGCUACGAUUAAAUCGGGGGUUGCUGGACAGCGACGUGCUGUAACUAUCAACAAAUAAGUACAUGCCUGGAACUAAAGUUCGCCACCUCGGCAAGAUUCCGACAUAGCUGACAGCAGGAAGUUGCUGUUCCGGGUGUGAGGAGGCGAGAGACCGACACUGAGCACCGAUCGCAGCCUCCAAGCCCAGGCUGUAAGGAAGCAGAGUUAAAAGAUGUGGGCGCCGGAGCAGAGCGCCUUCCUGCACGUCCUGCUGCUCUUCGGUCUCUGCAUCGCCGUCACCUGCAGCGGCGUCAUGGACGGCGUGUGGACCGAGCUGGGUUACGAGCAUUACGCCGAGCGGCCCUUGGCCUGGCUGCCGCGCUGUCUGGCUAUGCCGGCCAACUCGCUGGUCAACCUGGGCUACGUGGCGCUGGGGGCUCACUGGCUGUGGCGGCAGGCGGCAGGCGGCGACAGCUACCACAAGGACGCGUUUGCCUGGAUGGUGCUGGCCUACGGGCCGGUGCAGUGGGCCCGGAUCGCUUCGCAGUCCCAGCGCCCGGCCGUGCUCGACCAGUGGCUCACGCUGCCCAUCUUUGCCUGGGUGUCGGUGUGGGCGGCGUACCUGCUGGCGGGGCAGGAGGACGGGAAGAGCCGUCGCCACUCCAGCGCGCUGGCAGUGGAGGCGGCUUCGAUCGCUAGCUACGGUCUGGCGCUAGUCCACCGCCGCGGCUUCGAGAUCGCCCUUGGCUGUCAUAUCGCCACUGCCGUGCUGGCCGGGCUGGCGGCUCAGCGUCGCCUGGGCGACGCGGUUUCCCACCGGUACCUGCUGCUAGCUGUGGCUUCCUGCUUCGGCUUUGUGGGUCUGAAACUACUGGACCUGCCGCUGGCGGGCCUCGACCCGGGGCUCGGCCUCCUAUCUGGGCCGUUGUCUGGACAUUUCUGGUCCAAACUCUGCGAUCUGUUGCAGAUCCACUAUAGCCUCUGUUUCCUGCAGCACCUGGCGGGGCGGAAAAUUCUGAAGCUCAAGUAGCAGUGUACCUUUUAAUUAUAAAACAAAACGUUUUUCAUAAAAAUAUAAACAAAAAUACAAAUGGAAUGGGUGCGUGUCUCUCUUUACCUUCAUUGUGCCAUUAAAU